AUGGCCACUGAAGCGAAAGACCAGAAGAGCUAUGCUCUAUUAACAGUCACUCCAAAGCACGAUGACAUCGAAGAGGGCCAGAUCACCUCGACCCUCGACGAGGCAGAACUCUUCCUCCACGAACAUGGCAUCUCCCACGCACAAUUGCAAGAGAUGCUGAGCGACGAGACCAGAUCGAAGAAGCUCCGACGACGCAUCGACCUUAUCCUUCUCCCGCUGCUAUGUGGAACGUAUGUUCUGCAGUAUAUCGAUAAGCAGGCUCUCUCGUACAGUGCGGUUUUUGAUCUUUUCGACAAUGCUAAUAUCACCAGUGAUCAGUAUAGCUGGCUGACCAGUAUUUUCUAUUUCGGCUAUCUCUUCUGGGAGUAUCCGGCCAGUUACAUCGCACAGCGUUUACCGGUUGGCACUGUGAUUUCUACAUUUGUUCUUUGCUGGGGCUCUAUCCUCAUGAUCACAGCUAGCUCCCACAACUUCACCGGGUUAGGAAUCUGCCGUUUCUUGCUGGGAUGCUUCGAAGCCCCAAUCACACCGUGCUUCAUGAUGAUAGUUGGCAUGUGGUAUUUACGACAAGAACAGCCCUUCCGAGCAGGAUGUUUCUACUGCUGCAACGGUGUUGGCGCGAUGGUCGGAGGCUUGAUUACAUAUGGCAUCGGCCAAAUAGAUAGCUUUCCCGUUUGGAAAGCCGUGUUUAUGAUUUGUGGUGGUGCGACAGUUGUCUGGGGUGGUGUUCUCAUGGUUUUUCUUCCGAAUAGUAUUCUCUCAUCAAAGAGGUUUACUGUUGAGGAGAAGAUUUUACUUAUUGGAAGGGGGAAGCAGAAUCAGACGGGUAUCUUAAACCGCUCGAUCAAAUGGUACCAAAUCCGCGAGGCACUUGUCGAUCCCCAAGUCUGGAUUCUUUUUCUCUUUACCCUGAUGAAUGAAACCAUCAACGGAGGGUUUGCCAAUUUCGGAAAACUCAUCAUCAAAGGCCUUGUCGACAGCUCCCUCCUAACAACAGCAUUAGGCAUCCCCCAAGGAGCCUUCCAAGUCUUCUUCAUCCUCUCAGGCUCGUACCUCUCAACGCGAUUCAAGAACAUCCGCACAAUCAUAAUGGCCCUCUACCUGAUUCCCACCGUCCUCGGAAUAAGCCUCCUCUGGAAAUUCCCACGAAGUGAAAACCAAUACGGCGUGUUAUUCGGUUACUACAUUACAGGGUCAUUUGUUUCAUCACUUGUCCUCGCCCUCCAAAUGCCCUCCAGCAACAUGGGUGGCUAUACCAAGCGCGUCACCUCAACCGCCCUCGUCUUCCUCGCCUACUGCAUCGGAAACAUCAUCGGUCCACACGCGUUUCUGUCAGAUGAGGCACCUGUGUAUCCGACGGCGUGUAAGCUUGGUCUGGCUUGUGCAGUGACCCAGAUUGCGUGUGCGUUGGGGUUAAGGGUGUUGCUGGUUUGGAGGAAUCGGGUGAAGGAGGGGGAGAUGAGUGUUGAGGGGAUGGGGGAGGAGAUUUUGGCUGAUUUGACGGAUUUCGAGAAUCCGAGGUUUCGAUAUGUUUAUUGA